UUUACAUCCGGUUUUUAUUUGUUGCUGCUAAUAUUGUUAGCUUGUGUUGUCCGGUUCGUAAACAGUGGGAGGGAAACUGAAGUAAACACAAGACUUUGACAGUAAAUAAAGACAAUAUGGGGAAGAAACACAAGAAACACAAACCGGAGUGGAUGACAGUUGGUGACUUUGAGGAUAAAGCCCUUGAGAAGCCCCUGAAGAUCAAGCUGAAGGUUGGAGGAAGUGAGGUGACAGAGCUCUCUGGUUCGGGCCUCGACUAUGACGACAGGUCAGACCACGAGCGAGAACGCCACAAAGAGAAGAAGAAAAAGAAGAAGAAAAAGUCUGAAAAGGAUAAAGAGAAAUAUGGUGAUGAAGAGGAGAGAAGGCGGCGGAAGGAGGAAAAAAGGAAGAAGAGAGAAAGAGAGCAGAAUGAAUUGGAGGCAUCAGCUGCAGCUUGUGGUGGCGCACCUGUUGAACCAUUCACACUGACAAAAACUAUAAGUAUCUCAUUAGAGCCAGAGGAGAAGAGAAAAAAGAAAGAGAGGUUAGAAGUAGAGGAUGAAGUAGAAGAGUUUCACCCCAGUGUGAAGGUGGAAGUUGAACAGCAAGGAGACAGACCCGUUAGAGCAUGCCGAACGCAACAAGAGAAUGAGUCGACUCCUCGUCAACAACUGCUUGAACACUUUUUGAGGCAGCUGCAGAGAAAAGAUCCCCACGGAUUCUUUGCCUUUCCAGUAACAGAUGCAAUCGCUCCCGGUUACUCGUCCAUCAUCAAACAUCCGAUGGACUUCAGCACCAUGAAAGACAAGAUUAGAAACAACGACUACAACACCGUAACUGAAUUCAAGGCGGACUUUAAACUGAUGUGUGACAAUGCCAUGGUAUACAACCGACCAGAGACUGUUUACUACAAGGCUGCGAAGAAACUUCUGCACACAGGAUUCAAGAUGAUGAGCAAGGAGCGUCUUUUGGCACUGAAACGCAGCAUGUCUUUCAUGCAGGACAUGGAUUUCUCCCAACAGGCAGCCAUUUUGGGAGAUGAAGACCUGACAGCUGAUCUCCCUCCUCCAGAGAUUAUACCCAUCCCCGUUGAAUCUGCAAAAAAGUCCAGAAAACAACCAGCCAAAGAUAUGAAUUACCUUUUUGAACCUGAGGGAAACGCGUGCAGCUUGACUGACAGCACAGCAGAGGAGCACGUUCUGGCUCUGGUUGAACAUUCUGCAGAUGAAGCACGUGAUCGCAUUAACAGAUACAUGCCGAACUCCAAGAUGGGUUAUUUAAGUAAAGACGCAGAUGGUUCUCUUGUAUAUAAUGUUGUGAAUCAGCUUGAUCCUGAUGCAGAAGAGGAGGAGACCCACAAAGUGGAUCUGACUUCUCUGUCUAAUAAGCUUCUGCCUGGAUUGACAACAUUAGGUUUUAAAGAUGAUAGAAGACAUAAAGUGACUUUUCUGAGCAGUGCCUACAACACCCAGAGCCUUCAAAAGAACUCCGUCUUUCACGACUUGCAGCCGGAUGAGAUAGAUAAGCUGUAUUCAGCUUAUGGAGACGAGACAGGGGUGCAAUGUGCUCUGAGUUUACAGGACUUUGUAAAGGGCUGUGGAAGCAUCACCAAGCUCUGGGUUGAUCAACUUCUAGACAAAAUGACGGGCGGCGAUCACGCAAAGGCAGUCAGUCAGGUUCGACAGAAAAGAAACAUGAUGUUGAAACCCGAUGAAAGCAAGUCCAGCAGCUGUGACCUGCAGAUGUCAGAUGGGGUUGGCCUCGGAGAGAGCAGCUCAGUCCUGGAUUUCAUGUCAUUGAAGAGCUAUCCUGAUAUGUCUCUGGAUAUCUCCAUGCUUAACCCAUUAGGUAAGCCAGUGAAAAAGGAGCCUGGAAAUGACGAAGCCCACCAGCAUUUUGACGACCCUAGUAAGCUGCUACAGGAGUUCCAGGAGGUUCAGGUGGACAGAGUCUCCUCCAGACCUUCGUCCAACUUGUCCUCCCUUUCCAACGCCUCUGAAAGAGACCAGCACCACUUAGGGAGCCCAUCACAUCUGGGUGUUGGAGAUCAUUCUGAAAUGAUUCAUGAUCCCUAUGAGUUCCUGCAGUCUCCAGAACCAGAGGGCUCAGACAACAGCUGACUCUACACAUAGACUUUCUGUUUUCUUUGUACGAAGAAACAAUGUUAAACUGUGUAAUCAUCACUCAGAUUUGUUUUAAAAACUAAAAUUAAGUGUACAGGCUGGAUUGUAUUUGUAUGGUUUUGUAU